AUGAUCGAGCUCAAUAGGCUGCUGCAGGCUAUUAAGAGUUACGGUGUGUGGCCCAUGGUGGAUGGGGACGACAAAUGGCGAGUAGAAAACUUCGAUUUGACUUCGUUGAUGAUUUUUGUAAGAGAAAAGAGAGGAUUCGACGUCUUCAUUGUCAAUGGUGUCUUGCCCGACAAUAAAAACGUCUCCAGAAGGCUUAUCAAGAGUUACGGUGUGUGGCCCAUGGUGGAUGGGGACGACAAAUGGCGAGUAGAAAACUUUGAUUUGACUUCGUUGAUGAUUUAUGUUAGUGAAAAGAGAGGACUCGACGUCUUCAUUGCCACUGAUGUCUCGCUCGACGAUAAAAACGUCUCCAGAAGGCUUAUCCAGGUGAGAACAGUUAGCGAAUGGGUUGCGACUGACGGAUUACAUUAUUAA